AUCUGUGGCUGUCAUUUUCAUUCAUCGUGAAAAAUGCAGAAAUGCAAGUUAGGUAUUUGCUAUUUAUUGUAGAUAUCUUGUUAAAUCUAUUAUAUCUCGCGCUCGAUUGCAUACAUUCUGUAGCGAGAGUAAUACUAGUGGCUAUUUUUCAUGUAAAUAUGAAUGAAACAUCAAAAACUCGGAAGCGAAACAACAAAGAAAUAACUAACCAAACAAUCGCAAAGAAGAAUGCUAUCGAUGCAAACUGGCUGCAGCUUCUGUCUAAUCCUAAAUUAAUGAGUAACAAUAACGAAGAAAAAGUAAAAGAAACUGUAGAAAAAAAGGUAAACUACACGGGAACAUUUCGUCGUGCUAGGAAGAAAAAGAAACACAUUGAGAUGCCUUCUAGUUCAGUUCAAAAACAAUUAAAAACACUAGACAUAAACACCGAAACUGAAAACAAUCUUCUAGAAAACGCAGAAGUUAAACUGAACAGUAGUCAACCUGAAGAAAAUCGUCAGGGUACUAAGAAGAAUAAUCUUACAAAAUUUAUUGCCAUAGACUGUGAAAUGGUUGGUAUAGGUUAUGAAGGUAGAGAUCAUAUGUUAGCCCGCGUUUCAUUAGUAAACAAAUUUGGUGAUUGUAUAUACGACAAAUUUGUGAAACCUCGGGAGGAAGUCGUAGAUUAUAGAACUCCGGUGAGCGGUGUCCGGAGAGAAGAUUUAAUUAAUGCCGAAGAAUUCUCAGUAGUUCAGAGAGAAGUGGCCGAAAUAUUGAAGGGACGAAUUCUUGUAGGUCAUUCUAUAAAGAAUGAUUUGAAUGUUUUGUUUUUAUCACACCCUAAAAGGAAUAUUAGAGACACAUCAAAAUACAAACCAUUUAGAAAAAUAACAAAAGGCAGUUCACCAUCCCUGAAAGUUCUGGCAAAGGAAGUUCUCGGUAUAAAUAUACAGUCUGGUGAACACAGCUCAGUAGAAGAUGCCCAAGCAGCCAUGAAACUCUACUGCACUGUAGCUAAAAACUGGGAACAAAUAAUGAACGAGAAAAGAAGAUAGUGUUAUAGAAUUUAGCUUAUUAACUUAAUGAGGGCCAGUUACACCUGUGGCACUUUGGAAGAUGUCUAGUGUCUACCAACAAGCAUAAUAUUUUGUAGUACUAUUUUGCGUUCCUAGGUGUGACCCUAAGGGAAGCCAAACAAGCAUAAUUUUGUAAGUCAUGAUUAUGAAAAAUUAUUUACUCACAAGUCACAACUCACCAAAUUACACUUGUUUGGCUUCACCCUAAGACAUGACGAAUUUUUUACUAAAACAAAAUGGUUUUUAUUUUACUAGAUGUAUAGUUCUAAAAAUCAAUGAAAUUUCUUUCUUUAGUUAAAUAUAUUGAUUGACCACAGACAAAAUUUUCAUGAUGCUCUGAACCACAACACUAGUCAAAAAAAAUCCACAAAAUUUGUGACCAGUCAUGUGGUUUAGAGCAUAGACAUGUGAUAAAAAUUGUUUAGUAACAUGACCUCGAUGUAAGUUGAUUUUGUCAAAUAUUUUUCUUAACCCGACAUCAGUCCUAUAUAGUCCGUCAAGAAA